UUUUAAACUUCACUUCCACCUACUUUUUGAUACAGCCCCAAUUCGUAUUUCCAGUUAUAUCCAGCAAAGAUGGCACCAUGAAGGGUCUUCGAACAGGGAACGUUUGAGGUCAUACUGUACUCCAUAGACAUCCUGGUAUCGCUGACAACACUAUGCUUUGCGAUAGCAUUCGUAGUUCGGCGGCCAAAGCUGCUCAAAAUGGUCAUAUUCCAGGCUGUGGCAGCACUCCAGGUGCUGAUGAUUCUGCGCAGUACCAUAGAGAUAAUCGCCUCGUCGGCAAACCUCACCCACGAGUUUUCUUGCCGCAUCGUGGUGUUUCUAACCCUGGUCCUGGCGAUUCUGCCUGCGUAUCUGUGCAACUUUUGCCUAAUAUACCUGCAGAUGACCCUGCUGUAUCGCGUGUCGGCGCGCAAGCGGUGGCCAAAAGUGGUGCUGGCAGUGGCCUGUGUAGUACCAGCUGUGAUACCCGAAAGCUUCGUUUUAUUUAUUCCUACAGAAACCGCUGGACUUCAGUCGUACUGCGAAUAUGAUGGGAUCCCGCAGCGACGCGAGUACGUGUUCAAAUGGCUCGUGUGCAACAUAUGGAUAGUUCUCGCUGGCAUUAUCGCCAUGGUCAGCAUGCUGAUAACCAUCGUCCACAUUAGCCGCACCGUCGUCGAGAGCCCUAAGAUGGCAGAUCUGAACGCCGAAAUCGCACACAAAAACUCCAUUUUGUCUGGUUUCCCAAUCACGCCAAUCGUAUCGCUGUACUUUAACGAGGACAAUAUACAUAUGGACCGCACCGACAGUGUUCUCCAGUUCCUCCAGGCAUGGUGGGUCGCUUUGGCGUUCUACGCUAGCCCGCCAGUCCGCCGCUCAAUCAGGAGUGUGUUCGGCAAGGGCAGGAGCAGAAGAAGCGACCUUGAGGUGGACGGCAAUGUGUUCAUGGAAUGCAGCAGUGCAGUGGGACACAAGCGCAUAAGGGUCGGUUCCGCCGACAGCGACAUGGUCUGACUUUCUUUCCCCCAUCACUAUACAAACGCACAGGCAUGGACUUUCAGCUCUUCACCAAGAGCGUGUAGCAUAUUUUUGCAUUUAUAGAAAUACACACCCUUACAAGUAUCGCAUUACAAAUACACCCAGCUCGCAUUCGCAUAAACUGUGGUCACCGGCCUGGAGCCCCCCUGGAGGCAAACCAAAAAAAUACCUUGGUGCAAGAAAUGGACCGAUCAUCAGUAUCCCUGGCGUCGAUA